AUGUUAAUAGUGAAUGUCGCCUGGUAUGAUUCCAUCCUGAGCGGCUGUUCUCUCGAGCAGCGUUCGUUUAUCUCCGUCCGCCUUCUCUCCCACCUAAGUGUGUGCCGCCACCCGACAGGAGAUUCGAUGCACAUGGACGUGAGCCCCCUGAGGCCCCAGAACUAUCUUUUCGGUUGUGAACUAAAGGCUGACAAAGAUGAUCACUUUAAGGUGGAUAAUGAUGAAAAUGAGCACCAGUUAUGUUUAAGAACGGCCAGUUUAGGGGCUGGUGCAAAGGAUGAAUUGCACAUUGUUGAAGCAGAGGCAAUGAAUUACGAAGGCAGUCCAAUUAAAGUAACACUGGCGACUUUGAAAAUGUCUGCACAGCCAGCGGUUUCCCGUGGGGGCUUUGAAAUCACACCACCAGUGGUCUUAAGGCUGAAGUGUGGUUCAGGCCCAGUGCAUGUUAGUGGACAGCACUUAGCAGCUGUGGAGGAAGAUGCAGAGUCAGAAGAUGCAGAGGAGAAGGAUGCGAAACUCUUCAGUAUAUCUGGAAAGCGGUCUGCCCCUGGAGGUGGUACCAGGGUUCCACAGAAAAAAGUAAAACUUGCUGUUGAUGAAGAUGAUGAUGAUGAUGAUGGUUUUGAUGAUGAAGAAGCUGAAGAAAAAGUGCCAGUGAAAAAAGGACAAGAGUCCUUCAAAAAACAGGAAAAAACUCCUAAAACACCAAAAGGACCUAGUUCGGUCGAAGACAUUAAAGCAAAAAUGCAAGCAAGUAUAGAAAAAGGUGGUUCUCUUCCCAAAGUGGAAGCUGAGUUCAUCAAUUAUGUGAAGAAUUGCUUCUGGCUAACUGACCAAGAGGCUAUUCAAGAUCUCUGGCAGUGGAGGAAGUCUCCUUAA